CUUGGCUCAGGAACGCUUUGUGCAGUGAAGCAGUCAUAGAGACUGAACCACUGAACAGCUAUCCACCAUGCCCGUCACUAACUUCAAACACGCUGAUCCAUAUUCCUACCAGAACGGCUUUGACUCGUACCAUGAGUCGGAGGCUGUCAAGGGAGCUCUGCCUAUAGGACAGAACUCGCCACAGAAGGUGCCGUAUGGGCUCUAUGCCGAGAAGCUCUCGGGGACAGCUUUUACUGCCCCUAGACAUGAGAACAGACAGACUUGGGUGUACCGAAUCCUCCCUGCGGCUGCUCACCAGAAUUUUGUGGCCGAAGAUGGCGACUCAUACCACACCCACAUGACCACCGAAACACAGAAGCUUCACCACAUUCCAAACCAGCUUCGGUGGGAUCCCUUCGACUUGGAUGAGACUGUGGAUUGGGUCCACGGCCUUCACCUUGUUGCUGGUGCUGGUGAUCCCACUCUUAAACAUGGCCUGGGCAUAAUUCUGUACGCUGCGGGCAAAGACAUGGGGAGGGAAGCCUUCUAUUCUGCCGACGGCGACUUUUUGAUCGUGCCGCAGCACGGUGUGCUAGACAUCCAGACCGAACUGGGACGCCUCCUGGUUCGGCCCAAUGAGAUCUGCGUAAUUCCCCGUGGUGUGAGAUACCGUGUGACUCUCCCGGAAGGACCGGUGAGGGGAUACAUCUGUGAGCUCUAUCAGGGUCACUACCAGCUUCCUGAACUGGGACCCAUCGGAUCCAACUGCCUUGCCAACGCGCGAGACUUCCAAGCGCCGGUGGCCUUCUUUGAAGACGAGGAAGAGCCAUCCGAAUUUCGUCUGUACAGCAAGUUUAACAAUACUCUCUUCUCCGCCCGUCAGAACCACACCCCCUUCGACAUUGUUGCUUGGCACGGAAACUACUACCCUUACAAGUACGAUCUGGGCCGUUUCAACACGAUCGGUUCUAUCUCUUUUGACCACCCGGACCCGUCCAUCUUCACCGUCCUCACUGGCCCGUCCGACCACAACGGCACUGCCAUUGCCGAUUUUGUUAUCUUCCCGCCCCGCUGGCUGGUGGCGGAGAACACCUUCCGCCCGCCAUGGUAUCACCGCAACACCAUGUCUGAAUUUAUGGGUUUGAUCUCCGGUGCUUAUGAUGCCAAGACUGGUGGAGGCUUUCAACCGGCGGGCGCCAGUUUGCACAAUGUGAUGAGCGCCCACGGUCCGGACAAGGACGCCUUUGAAGGUGCUAGUAAUGCUGAUUUGAAGCCGCAAAAGGUUGGCGACGGCAGCAUGGCCUUUAUGUUUGAGAGGUAAGCAAACUUCUUUUUUCAAGUCAGCAUCAACUAAUUCCUUAAUAGCUGUCUCAUGGUCGGCGUGUCUGAAUGGGGCCUGAAGACCUGUCAGAAAGUGCAAGAACAAUACAACGCACACAGCUGGCAACCGCUGCAGAGGCAUUUCCGGAACCCGAACAAUUCCGUGGACACAAUGUGCAAGGACGACCAUUAAGCACUGAUUCGACGAAGUUACGAAAAGCGAAGGCAUUUUUCAGAUACCAGUGUAGUAGUAGUAUUCAGUCAUAGCCGAAUGGAGAGUUUAAAACAUCUA